UUCCCAAACAGCACCGAGAGGAGCCAUCAGAGAAGUAUGAAGAGGGGCCGUGCGGCUGGAGCUGCCGCCACCGCCGCCGCCGCCGGGCUGCCUGGGUGCGGAGAGCCGCUGCUGCAGCACGCGCGCAGGGAGGGGGCCGGCCCCGAGACGCCGCGCCAGCCCAGCCCGCAGCCCCGGCGCCGCUGAGCGCCGCCAGCAGCCCAGCUCCGGACGCGGGCCUCUUAGCAGUGUGGACACUGAUUAACUCCAGCUGGAAUCUGGUUUGCCCAGCCUGUCUUUGAAAUUGAUCAAUGAGUUCCUUCUCAAGGAAUGCUCCCCCCUAACUGUGGAGGAGGAGGAGGUGGUGACUGUGGUGGUCUUCUCCAACAUGGGCAUCCUGGUUCUCACUGCCUAAGACAAGGUAUUACAAGUGGAUAAAUAAUGUGCACUGCUCUGAGCCCAAAGGUACGCAGUGGACCUGGCCUUUCUGAUAUGCAUCAGUAUAGCCAGUGGCUGGCCAGCAGACAUGAAGCUAAUUUGCUGCCGAUGAAAGAAGAUCUGGCCUUGUGGUUAACCAACCUGUUAGGGAAGGAGAUUACGGCAGAGACUUUUAUGGAGAAGUUGGAUAAUGGUGCCUUGCUCUGUCAACUUGCAGAAACUGUGCAGGAGAAAUUUAAAGAGAGCAUGGAUGCUGCCAGGCCCACCAAGAAUCUACCCUUGAAGAAGAUUCCAUGCAAAGCCAGUGCACCUUCAGGCUCCUUUUUUGCCAGAGACAAUACAGCAAAUUUCUUAUCCUGGUGCCGAGAUUUAGGAGUAGAUGAAACAUGUCUAUUUGAAUCGGAAGGUUUGGUCCUCCACAAGCAACCCAGAGAAGUGUGUCUCUGUUUGCUAGAGCUUGGCCGGAUUGCAGCCAGGUAUGGUGUGGAACCUCCUGGUUUGAUAAAAUUGGAAAAAGAGAUAGAACAAGAAGAAACACUCUCUGCCCCUUCUCCUUCACCUUCUCCUUCUUCAAAGUCUUCUGGAAAGAAGAGUACAGGAAACUUAUUGGAUGAUGCAGUGAAGCGGAUUUCUGAAGAUCCUCCUUGCAAAUGCCCAAGCAAGUUCUGCGUGGAGAGGCUCUCUCAAGGAAGAUACCGUGUGGGAGAGAAGAUCCUUUUUAUUAGGAUGCUGCACAACAAGCAUGUUAUGGUCCGCGUGGGAGGAGGAUGGGAAACUUUUGCAGGGUAUUUGUUGAAACAUGACCCCUGCCGGAUGCUGCAGAUAUCCCGUGUGGAUGGCAAGACAUCCCCCGUCCAAAGCAAAUCUCCAACCCUUAAGGACAUGAAUCCAGACAAUUACCUGGUGGUCUCUGCCAACUAUAAGGCUAAGAAGGAAAUUAAGUGAAACUAGGUAGUCACUACGAGGGGACUCUCCUAAUGGCCUGUAUCUACAUCUCCAGUAGUCAGUUUAGUUCACAUGCUCUACAAAUUACUUUGGAAAAAGACAGACAGAAAAAUGUCAUCAUGCUGAAACAUGCUCAAAGAGUAGCACUAUUUAUUUUGAAUGCUUCUGUAGAAAAAGACUUCUAAAAAGAAAAGUUCAACUUAGAUUGAAAUUAGACAAAUUGUAGGCAAAUUAUUAUUUCUCAAUAUAUGAACACAGUAUUUAGAACACAAUUGUAGCAGUACAAUUCUAGCUAAAGAUAAAAAUUAUUAGAAGAAAAUAGGAUUUACAGUAAAAUCAACAAAAAGUGCCUGCCCGAAGUCUACAGAAUAAAAGCACUCCAGACAUUUUUUUUAAAUUUACAAUUGCAGGAUUUUAAAGCUGAUUUUUAAAAAGUGACAAUUA